AUGUCAAUUGAUCAAUUAACUGGAAGAAUAACUAAAUUAGAAAGGAAUAUAGAUAAAGUAAAUCAAUCUAUAAGUAUGAUGGAACAAACCAUAGAAACAAUAAAUCAGAACAUUUACAACCUCACUCAAAUGAUGUUGGAUAUAAAAACGAUAAAUUGUAGAAAUAUGACAUUCAAUAAAAUUCCAAGUUAUUUUGUAGCAGAUAUUAGUAACAUUUCAACUGGUAUUAAAGGAAGCUUCCACAGAAGAGUUUUAAGAUCAAUUUAUAAUAAAUUCUUUGAUACAAAAGAAGCUGUCAACAAUUUAAAGAAAAUUAUCAAUGAAUAUAAACCAAAGGUUUUUAAUCCUAUGAAAGCAGUACCUGAAGAUAAGAAAGAACAAAUUAGAAAACUAUUUACUGACUUUCAAAUAAAAAUCAAGGUAAGUGAUCAAAAAACUGUCGUUUUAACUCUGACUAGGUGCCAAAAAGUAUUUCCAAUAAUAACUUAUCGAAUUUAUGAUUACUGUCAAUUGCGUGUUGUUAAAGAUUUUCACUUAGAAAGAUUCGGAUUAAGAUUGAGUUAUUACCCAAAUAUUAUUUUCUUACCAACUGCUGCAAGUUUAGUUCCUAUAGGAAUUAAGUACACAACUUUAAGUAAUGCUAUCUGA